AUGUCGGUUAAUCAAACGUUAUUCAACUUUACCACGAGUAACAUCGCAACGCCCACUUCCACAGCUCCACCUGCCAGCGUCACGCUGCAAGUCGUUUGCGCCUGGCCAAUAUCGUCCAACUAUGGUGCUGGUUCGCGUAUUCUGUACUACAUCCUUGUGGCCGCCUGUGUAGCUUUCCGCAAAGCAGAAUGGUUGCGGAAUACUUGUUUAGCUGCUGUGUUGAUUCUGCCCGCUGUUUCGGCUCUCCAGGGCAUCGUGCUCGCCUCUGCGCAUACCAAUGCUACUCAUCCAGGCGGAAUCGAUAUGGAUACUCUAGGCGCUCUGCAAUUUUGCGCAAUUGGAAUACUGGCCGCACCUUUAACAGUGCGGCUGUCUGCUACCUACUUCCAUGCUCCGGGAAGAAACAUCAUUUUUCUGUGGACUAUUCUCAUUCUCAUGGGCCUAUUGGCUCUCUGUGUCGAGUUCUAUCGAGUGACUACCACGGACUGUAGUAGCGACGAUCAUGGGACUCCACUCCUGCCCAACCCGGCCAAAUUUCCGUACGGGAAUGCCUCUUGCGGCCUGAUAUGCGAUGAGACUAGAGGCCCCUUCUCGAUUAUGCGAGGUGGAGCAGCCAACAACAUCUACGUUAUCCCAGCGCCAAGGAUUUUAACCUUCAAUACCGCCAUGCUACUAGCCGCUGGGUUUUGCAUACCGGGCAUUCUUUCGCUGAUCUUUACUUGGGAUAAAGUUCUAGAUCUCAAUUGGAAGAGGCGUCGGCAUGUGGAGGAGUUGGAUGCUCAAAUUGAGGGCGCCAACAUCACUGUCCGAGAGCUGAAGGGCAUCAAUAAUGUCGUGAGAUCAUUCCUAAGCGUGAUAGAGAUUCCCCUCUUCGGGGGUGUCAUCCUCACCAUUAUCGGCGUCGGUGAAGCAAACUUCUUCAGUCCACAAGUGUUAUACAUGACGGAGCCCAUGGCCUCUAUCGGCCAAUGGUCGCCAAUAGCUGGAACUAUACUAGCUGGGCUGGGGUCCUUGUAUCUGCUAUGGUCCAUUGGUGGUGACGACGACAUUGCGGCCCAGGGAAAACGUCCGGUGAGAUACGAGAAUUCAAACGCGUCACCCCACAGCCACAGCAGCGAAAGGCAACCUUCUCCGCGUCCGCCAUCCUCCGGAAAUUCUAUCCCAAACGGGAAUAUGGGGGGUGAUGGACUAGGCAUACGUUCGGAAUCGCCGAAUGACAUUGGACUCAUCCCUACCAUCACGCACCCAGUCUCUGACCGGAACUACCCAGACGAUACUUCGCAGGAAUACCACCAGAAUGACCGCCAAAACAACUUACCAACUGCAGGCAGGUACAAAGUGCGUAAAUGGUUAACCUCGGCCGGCAAUUACCUAGGCGACACUGUCCACGAAAAGCUCGACCCCAGCUCUCACAGCACCAACGAAGACAUGCACGGAUUUCCAGGAAUACCAGGAGAAGAGUUUCGCAAUCCUGAUCUGGACCGCAUCAGUCGAACGUUUAGCCAGCUUCGCAAAGAUAGAGCGGGUAGCACGUAUACGGCAAGCAUCAGAUCUGGUAUUGAGGAGAGUGCGUCACCAACGUCACCUGUUCAUGAUUUACCCCGCCGCGAUACUAGUCCCGUGGAAUUGCCUAAACGACGUGAUACGUUGGAAGUGCCAAAAGAAACUCAUGGGAGGAGUGAACCUCAUUGA